AUGGGGUUGGAAGACUUUGAGAAGGAAUUAGCUGAAAACAAGAAGAGCGAGGAUAAAAAGAAGCGCCAUCGAAGUCGGAGUCGCGACAGGCAACACCGCUCCAGCAAGGACCACGAGCGUCGGCACAAGCACCACUCCUCGCGCCAUCACCGUGCCUCCGACCAUGGCGAUGAGCGACAUAGAGACAAGCGGUCGCGACACCACAAAGAAACGUCAGACGAUCGCGCGCGGUCGAAGCAUAAAGACAGGCGUAGUCGGUCCCCCGAGAGCGACGACGAGGAUCGGUUAACACGAAAGCGUGGGUCGCGCCACUACCACGAAGACGAGUCCUCGAGCGACGAGGCCCCGCAGGCGAAAGAUUAUGCUCCACCGGAUGGUGAGAUUCUAGACCAACAGCUCGAGGACGCGGCAGACGCAAACCUGCAACGGGACGACUGGAUGACCGCACCUUCCUCCAUGGACGUGGAUUACGUGCAGCGGAAAAAGAGGGAGGAAAAGACAACCUACGUGAUGGAAUCGGCGCCGCAACAGCAUGCGUUUAUGGUGCACCAAGCAGAGUUGAAUCAUCAUUUGGCCGACAUGAAGCACGACGAGGACACCAUAACCGAAGAACCAGCGCAAAGGGAAGUCAGCUACACCUUUGGCGACGCAGGCGCACAGUGGCGCAUGACGAAACUGAAAGGCAUCUACCGCAAUGCUGAAGAGUCGAAGCGGAGCGUGGAAGAUGUGGCCAUGGAAAAGUAUGGAGACCUACGAGAUUUUGAUGAAGCACGGGAAGAAGAGAUCGAGUUGGACCGUAGGAACAUGUAUGGCAACAACUAUGUUGGCAAAGAAAAGCCUUCUGGCGAGCUAUACGAGGAACGGAGACUGAAGGCUGGCAUUCAUCGAGCAGCGCGGGAACAUCACGAAGCGGAAGAGCUACCACAAGGCGAAAUCGUCUCGAAUCCGCAAUCAACAGCGAACACAGUCGUACUCAGUCAAACAGAGCUGAACAGACUAAAGGCGCAGAUGAUGAAGGCAAAGAUGAAGAAAGCCCCAAAUGCCGCCCAGCUUGAAGCAGAGUACAAUGCGGCAUCAGCUAAUUCUGCUGGUGGUAAGGAUCGCGACGUUGUUGUUCUGAAUGCAAUGGACAACCGUAUGCUGGCAGGUGGUCGUCAAGGCGAAGUCACAGCACUGACAAACAAGCGUGGAACAGAACGCGGAUUAGUCAAAGAGAACGAGGACAUGAGCAUCGAAGACAUGGUCCGUCAAGAGAGGCGAACGAAGGGUCAGGCUGGAGGUGAAGGCAUGGUGUUGGCGGAGAAGAUAGCUAAAGACUCCAAGUUCGACAACGACCUCGAUUACCUCGACGAAAAUGCCACAAAAUUGGCCGCCCGCGCGCCCAAAUCCUCCGUCAACCUUCGGAGCCAAGCAAUCCAAGACUACCAGCGCACAAACCGCAUCCUAGAUUCCUGCCCGCUGUGUCAUCAUGAGGAUAAAUCACCGCCUCAGCCACCCAUUGCACCUAUCGUUUCUCUUGGUACUCGUACCUUUUUAACGCUUCCUACCGAGCCGGAGAUCAGCGAGGGCGGUGCUGUUAUAGUGCCAAUCCAACACCGCACAAACCUACUUGAAUGCGAUGACGAUGAGUGGGAGGAGAUUCGAAAUUUUAUGAAAUGCCUAACGCGCAUGUAUCAUGAUCAAGGACGAGACGUAGUCUUCUACGAAAACGCCGCCAACCCGGGACGUAAAUUACACGCUGCCAUGUCCGCAGUCCCCAUACCCUUUGAGCUAGGCGAGACGGCACCAGCCUUCUUCCGCGAAGCCAUUCUGACUUCGGACAUUGAGUGGAGUCAGCACAAGCCUAUCAUCGACACUUUGAAGGCCUCGCGCUCAGGGCAGGGUAAACAGGCGUUUCGACGCAGCUUGGCCAAGGAGAUGCCGUAUUUCCAUGUAUGGUUCGAGUUAGAUGGUGGCAUGGCGCAUAUUGUCGAGGAUGAGAGGCUAUGGCCGCGAGGCGAUCUGUUUGCUAGAGAGGUUCUUGGAGGAAUGUUAGACGUUGAAAUUGAUGUGGUGAAGCGACAAGGCCGCUGGGUAAAGGGCGAUCGCAGGGCGGACAAGUGGAGGAAAGGAUGGAGGAAGUUUGACUGGACUAGGGUGCUGACGGAGGAGCAGUAA